UCGUCAUAACCUUAAAAAAACUGCCAAAACACCCUUCAAAUUAGAAAAAUGGACCUUCGACAAUCCAUCACCGACCAAACGGACGUUUCCCUCCUUCUGACAGGCCACGUGUCCUCCAUUGAAGCAAAGAACUCGAACUUGGUACUAUCUCCGGCAUCGCUCCAUGUAGUAUUGAGUUUGAUAGCAUCCGGGUCAUCCGGGUCAACCCGUGAUCAGGUUCUUAAUUUUCUGAAGUCUAAGUCAUCGGAUGAUCUCAAUAAGCUUUCAUCUGAGCUUGUUUCACUUGUAUUCGCCGACGGAACCGCCAUUGGUGGACCCAAGUUGAGUUUCGCAAAUGGGGUUUGGGUGGAUCAAACAUUACCUCUUAAACCCACUUUCAAACAGGUUGUUGAUAAUGUCUAUAAAGCUACUUCUAAUCAAGUUGAUUUUCUUCACAAAGCUGUUGAAGUGACCUCUGAAGUGAAUACAUGGGCUGAGAAGCAGACUACCGGUCUUAUUAAAGAGUUACUUCCUCCUGGGUCUGUUGAUAGCACAACCAGGCUCGUUUUUGCUAAUGCUGUUUACUUCAAAGGAGCAUGGGCUAAUAAGUUUGAUGCAUCGGUGACAAAAGACGACGACUUCUAUCUUUAUGAUGGUAACUCAGUUAAGGUGCCGUUUAUGACCAGCAAGAAGAAACAGUUCAUCAAAGCUUUUGACGGAUUCAAAGUCCUCGGUCUUCCUUAUAAACAAGGAGGCGACAAACGCCAAUUUUCCAUGUAUUUCUUUCUUCCAGAUGCAAAAGACGGGCUUCCAGCUUUGAUACAAAAAGCGAACACCCAAUCAGGUUUCCUAAACGAACACCUUCCGUAUCAAAAAGUUGAAGUGGGUGAUUUCAAGGUUCCGAGAUUUAAGAUUUCGUUCGGUUUUGAAGCUUCCAAGGUGUUGAAAGGCUUAGGUGUUGAAUUACCGUUUACGGGGGGUGGCCUUACUGAAAUGGUAGACUCACCCGUGGCCCAAAAUCUGUAUGUUUCGAGCAUUUUCCAGAAGUCAUUCAUUGAAGUUAAUGAGGAAGGUACUGAAGCUGCUGCUGCUUCCGCUGCUGUAGUAAAUCUGAGGAGCAUAAGUUUUCCGCAGAAGGUGGACUUCGUAGCUGAUCAUCCGUUUAUGUUCCUUAUUAGAGAAGACAUGACGGGGGUUGUUCUGUUCACCGGGCACGUCAUAAAUCCUCUCGAGAGUUAAAUAACGUCUUUACAUAAUGUGUAACUUGAAUGUUUAUGCUUUUGUAUGUGUAACUUACAAGUGAAACAUCGGACUGAAAACCUUUCAUCAUGUUAUCUAUCCUUGUAUUUAGAAAUACUUUUUUUGUCCCUUAAA